GUUCCUUUCUGCCUCAAUUGUUCCAUCUUCCCUGGAGACAUGUCCGUCAGGGGUGCAAGAAACCCGGUGCCCUGCAAUGGCAGUAGGGAGUGGGGGCAAUUUGUACCUGAGGAUUUGAACCUGACUGAUGAGGAGCUGAGACUCAAUUAUCUGGGGCUCCAGACGACGGACAUGUUCCUGCCCAUUUGUGUCACAUACCUGUUGAUCUUCGUGGUGGGCACCGUGGGCAACGGGCUAACCUGCCUGGUCAUCCUUCGCUACAAGGCCAUGCACACGCCCACCAACUACUACCUCUUCAGCCUCGCAGUAUCGGACCUGCUGGUGCUGCUCCUAGGCAUGCCCCUGGAGCUCUAUGAGAAGUGGCGUAACUACCCCUUCCUCCUGGGUGCUGGUGGCUGCUACUUCCGCACGCUGCUCUUUGAGACAGUCUGCCUGGCCUCUGUGCUCAAUGUCACCGCCCUGAGUGUGGAGCGCUACGUGGCCGUGGUGCACCCACUGCAGGCCAGGUCAGUGAUGACCCCAGCUCAUGUUCGCCGGAUGAUCGGAGCUAUCUGGAGCCUUGCCUUACUCUGCUCUCUGCCCAACACCAGCCUCCAUGGCAUCCAGCUGCUGGAUGUGCCCUGCCGGGGUAUAGUGCCCGACUCGGCCGAGUGCAAGGUGGUCCGCUCAAAGGCCUUCUACAGCCUACUCAUGCAGGCCACAGCACUGCUCUUCUUCUGCCUGCCCAUGGCCAUCAUCAGCGUGCUCUACCUGCUCAUUGGGC